AUGGCUGGUGUUGCAAUGUGGACAAUUGCUAUUCCACCAAAUGUUAUUAAAUCGCGUCUUCAAUUUCCUCCUUCUGGUCAAUAUAAAGUUUUUAUGGAUGUGUUACGUCACUUGCUUAAGACAGAUGGACCAUCCGCUUUAUUUAAGGAUCUUGGUCCUGCAUUAUUAAGAGCUUUUCCUGUAAAUGCUGUGACUUUUCUGGGAUACGAAGCUGGCUUAAAAUCGGUUUCACAAUUGUUUCACAAGUAUUGGCAUAUGGUAUAUCUUGGUGAUGGUUCUGUUCUUUGUCUCACUACCCUGUCUUUUCAAGCCAUACUUGAAAGCAAAGCGAAGCAUCUGUUCUAUCCGUCGAAGUUAAAACCCACCUUCCGUCCUAGCCCUUUAGUGGACCUAUUGCCUACAGUCCGUCUAGUCCUAACAGGCAUUUAUAUUAGAAUUCAAAGUUUGCCCUUCACCAGUGUCCAGCUUGUUGGAGGUGUGAAGUGA